GGCCGGCGGUGCCGCGGGGCGGGGCGGGGCGCGCUGCCUGCUGGGCCCGGUGCGGAACCAUGGAUAUCUCUCGCUUUAUGGCCGAUGACUUCGAGGUGAAGAGCUGGGUGAACGCGGCCUUCAGGGCCGGACAGCAGGACGCGGCCGGACAGGCAGACGCUCACGCCUCCACCCUGGUGAUGAAACUGCAGGUGUUCAUCCAGGAGGUCAACAACGUGGUGGAAGAAGCCAGCCAGCAGGCCCUGCACAGCAUGCCCAGGGUGCUGCGCGAGGUGGAGGCCCUGCGGCAGGAGGCGGCCUUCCUGCGGGAGCAGAUGGUGCUGGUCAAGGAGGACAUCAGGAGGUUUGAAGAGGACACGGCGCAGUCGAUGCAGGUCCUGGUAGAGAUUGACCGAGUGAAAUCUAGAAUGCAGUUGGCUGCCGAGUCUCUCCAGGAAGCAGACAAAUGGACUACAUUAAGUGCAGAUAUCGAAGAGACCCUUAAAACACAGGAUGUGUCUGCAAUUUCAGCCAAGCUAACAAGUAUGCAGAGCAGCUUGGCUAUGCUUGUGGAUACGCCGGAUUACUCUGAGAAGUGUGUGCAUCUUGAGGCUCUGAAGAACCGCCUGGAGGCCAUGGCCAGCCCACAGAUUGUGGCUGCUUUUAACUCUCAGUCUGUAGAUCAGGCAAAGAUGUUUGUGAAGGUCUUCGCUGAAAUUGAUCGAAUGCCUCAGCUUCUUGCUUAUUAUUAUAAGUGUCACAAAGUGCAGCUGGUGGCAGUGUGGCAGGAUCUUUGCCAGAGUGACUUAAGCUUGAAUCGGCAGCUGACUGAAUUGUAUGACACACUGCUUGGGACCUGGCACUCACAACUUCAGUGGGCAACACAGGUUUUCAAGAAACCCCAUGAAAUUGUGACUGUGUUGCUGAUUCAAACUCUAGGAGCGUUGGUGCCAUCCAUCCCUGUCUGCCUCAGCACGGCCAUGGAGAGAACGGGCCAGGAAACCAAGCUAAGCAAACUGCUGGAGCUCUAUGAUGCCACUGUCCACUUUGCAAAAGGGCUGGAAAUGGCCAUGCUGCCAAACCUGAAGGAGCAGAACUUGGUAAAAGUGAUGGAACUGGUAGAAGCGGUGUAUCAUCCAUACAAGCCCUUUCAACUCAAGUAUGGAGACCUAGAAGAAGAAAAUCUUCUCAUUCAGAUCAGUGCAGUGCCCUUGGAACACUGGGAAGUAAUCGACUGUGUCCAGGAACUGAAUCAUUCAGUCAGCAAACUCUUCACUCUGGCUUCUGGAGCCAUUGACAACUGCAUUAAACUCACUGAUGGACUGGGAGUGUGUGGGCUCCUCAAGGCCCUGAAAGCUCUGUUUGCAAAGUACACAUCUGACUUUACAAGUACACUGCAGUCGAUACGAAAGAAAUGUAAGCUGGAUGAUAUUCCAUCAGACUCCCUUUUCCAGGAGGACUGGACUGCAUUCCAAAACUCUGUUCGAAUAAUCACUACUUGUGGUGAGCUCCUUCGUCAGUGUGGAGACUUUGAGCAGCAACUGGCCAACAGGAUUUUGUCGACUGCUGGGAAGUAUCUCUCGGACUCCUACAGCCCCUGCAGCUUUUCUGGCUUUCAGGAUACCAGUGCUACAGAAAAGAAGAGCAGUGUGAAGAAUCCCUGGCAGGAAUACAAUUACCUUUUAAAGGAGAAUCCAUCUGAGUAUGGCAGCCUUAUGGAAACGCUGUACACCCUGAAGGAGAAGGGGACGAGUAACCACAACUUGCUGUCUUCAUCUCGGUCUGCGCUCAGCCGCCUCAACCAGCUGGCACACCACUUGGCUUUUGAUUCCGUGUUUCUUCGCAUCAAGCAACAGCUCUUACUUGUUUCAAAGAUGGAGAGUUGGACCUCUGGUGGCGUUGGUGAGACCCUGACAGAGGACCUGCCAAACUUCAGCCUCACUCCUCUGGAAUAUAUCAGCAAUAUUGGGCAAUAUAUUAUGUCGCUUCCUCUCCACCUUGAACCAUUUGUCACUCAGGAAGAUUCUGCUUUGGAACUGGCAUUACAUGCUGGAAAACUGCCUUAUCCCCCAGAACAAGGAGAUGAACUACCUGAGCUGGACAACAUGGCUGACUACUGGUUGGGCUCCAUCGCCAGAGCUACGAUGCAGACUUACUGCGAGGUCAUCCUGCAGAUACCAGAGCUCACAGUGCAUUCCACAAAGCAGCUUUCCACAGACGUUGAUUAUCUAAUAAAUGUGAUGGAUGCCCUUGGCCUUCAGCCAUCAAGAACACUGCAAAAUAUUGUAACUCUGUUGAAGGCAAAGCCAGAGGACUACAGGCAAGCUGCAAAAAGUGUGCCUCGCAGAAUGGCCAGCAGCAUUGCUGCAAUGAGGGGCCUGGAGUGUUAGCUGUAAUGCCCACACUGCUCAAGGGCUGAACUGGUUUGAGUUUUCUUUUUAAUUCCAUAUCAAUUUUGUGAAGACUGUGAAAACGUCUCUGGAAAUGAGAAGGAUUUAUUUCUGAAGGACGUGUAAUAAAAGCCUUUGUCUAGGAAAAGCUGGUUCCGUUUUUGCAUCUUUAAAAGUGUGGAAAGGUAUCCUGCCACCAAAUUUGCCAAAAACUGUCUGGAUAAUAUUGAGCAGUGCUGACUUCUAAGCAGAAAUGUUCUGCUGCUCACUGGGAGGUCCGCGCUUCGUGGCGGUGAGAUGACUGGCUUUGUCAGAACAGUUUAAUCAAUUCUGAAUCUGAAAUUAUGGGGUAGGUGCAACAGAGAUCAACCGAUUGGAAGCCCUCUUACCUGGGGGCGGUGGUCAUUGCUCAAGUCUGUCAUUAUUCACAAUGUGAAGAAGGCAGUCUCAUCAGUUAGCAGAACAGGCAUGAUCAAGCUCAAUUCUGAGAAUAAAACCAGUUUUGUAAGUUGUGGUUGUUUUGUUUUUUGAGAUUGAUGUGUUCUACUGAAGGCUGUGACGAGUGUAAGAAAUCUAAUCUGAGUUUUGUUUUCUUGUAAAUUUCAUUAAAACCAGGUCUGCCAGAUCUGUCCCUCUUU